CCAACAAGAAGUCCAGGGUCUAGAAGCAACUGCAACGGAAGCAAUGCAAUUGCAGCAAGGGAUGUACGGAACGCCAAGUGGAGGGAUGGAGCAACCUUUUGACGGCAAUUACUUCUACAGCAACUACCACUACGUUAGUUCUCCGAAGCCUACAUCUGAUGUUUCCGGAUUCGGACCCGGGUUCGGAAUCUCCCAACAAGCAUCCCAGAUUCCGUCUUUUCUGUGGAGCUACGGUAACGCAGCUUCGUCAGAUGAACAGCAGAUGACUAAUAUGACCCCGUUCCUCCAACAGAGACCAGAAGCUAAUGCUCAACAAGCAAAUGCUCAACAAGCAAAUGCUGCUCAGCAGCAGACACAACAGUCAAUGGAACAAGAGCCACAGGAGGAGAAGGUAGUAGAGCAACUAGAAGUGGAAUCCUUGCAAGAGACUGAAGAUGAACGUCUUAAAAGAUUGAAGGCGGGUGACGCCGAAGACGAAUACAGAUUGUGGGAGUGGCGACAAAUGCAAGAGCAUAUGAACAUGAGGCAAGGACCUCCACAGGAGGAGAUGAUAGUAGACCAAGAACUACAACCCUUGCAAGAGACUGCAGAUGAACGUCUUGCAAGGUUGAAAAAUGACGCAGACGAUGAGUGGAAGCAAACGCAGUCGAACAUGAUUGGUCAAUCUGCGCAAACGCGAAAACACCUACCCCAAUGUGCACAAAUGCAACAACAGCAGCCCCUACAGAUGCAAUACCCGCAAUUGGUGCGCGCUGUUCCGUUAUGUAUGAUGACCCAGGAGGGAACCGUGACGCCCAUCUUUCGACAAUUGGUCCCUGCGGAACAGAUGCAGCAGCCGAUCGGCAAG